CAAUCUGAAGUCAUUUCUUAUCACGUGACCGGUGACUAGAGUUACAUCAUCGUCACAAUUUCACCAAAAUAAUCACAAUUAUCACAAGGAAGUACGCAAAUUCGUCAAAAACAAUUAUUUUGUAAUUUUUAAAUCACAUGUUUGACCCCCGCAAAUUUUUAAUCAACAUCAAUCUGUAACCACUUCCUAGCACCUGUCACCUGUCACCCUUUGAGGUUAUCUGUACAAUGUCGUGGAUUGUGAGCUCCUCGUUGUCUCAUUUCCAGCGUUUUUGCGUGAAUGUGAUAAAAUGCGGCCCUAUUCCGCGCCACAUCGCGUUCAUAAUGGACGGCAACCGGCGCUACGCCACCAAAAACAAAGUCGAGAAGGCCGAAGGCCACAUCAAAGGUUUCGAUAAACUGGCCGAGACCCUGCAAUGGUGUCUGGAAUUGGGGGUCAAGGAAGUGACCGUUUACGCCUUCAGUAUCGAGAAUUUCAAACGGAGUCGCGAGGAAGUCGACACUUUGAUGAAAUUAGCCACGGAAAAGUUCCAACAAUUGUUGGACGAAAAAGAGAAGAUUAUGAGUGAGGGGGUGUGCAUUCGGAUUAUCGGGAAUUUGGGGCUGCUUUCCCCCGAGUUGAGGAGACUAACAGCGCAAGCGGAGUUAAUGACCAAAGACAAUAACAAGGCGUUUCUCAACGUUGCCUUUUCGUACACUUCUAGAGACGAGAUUUUUAAUACAGUGAAAAGGAUAGUCAAGGGGGUGCAAGACGAAGUCCUGGACGUGGAGGACAUCGACGAAGACUUGAUCUCGGGGGCCCUGUACACAAAUUGCAGUCCCGAUCCCGAUUUAAUAGUCCGCACUUCGGGGGAAGUGCGAUUCAGUGAUUUCCUUUUGUGGCAAAUCUCAAACAGUUUCAUCAGUUUUACUAAAGUUUUGUGGCCCGAAUUUUGCAUCUGGCAUCUCUUAGCGUGUAUUUUCUACUACCAAAGGUCCUACAAAGACUUACAACACAAAAAAAGACUUGUAAAAAACAAACGGGUUCAAAAUUUUCUACACGAAUUGCAACAUCAAAAACUUACGCAACUGGAAAGUUACGCAUAAAUAAAUUAUUUCAUUAUUA